AUGGCCCCCAAGCCCGCCUCUACUGCCGGCAAGGCUCCCGCUUCUACUGCCUCUAAGGCGCCUGCAAAGACCACCUCGGAGGGUGGCUCAAAGGCCGCGAAGAAGACUGCGAAGGCUUCGAGCGGGGCGGCCGAUGGCGAGAAGAAGAAGCGCAGAAAGAGUCGCAAGGAGACCUACUCCUCCUACAUCUACAAGGUCCUUAAGCAGGUCCACCCUGAUACUGGUAUCUCCAACAAGGCCAUGGCCAUUCUCAACUCCUUCGUCAACGAUAUCUUUGAGCGCAUUGCUACCGAAGCCUCCAAGCUCGCGUCGUACUCGAAGAAGUCGACGAUCUCGUCGCGCGAGAUUCAGACUGCCGUUCGCCUUAUCCUUCCUGGUGAGCUGGCCAAGCACGCCAUCUCUGAGGGUACCAAGUCAGUCACGAAGUUCUCCAGCGCAGGGGCGAAGUAA